UAACAAUGAUCAGGGCAAGCCGGUGAUGGGGUAUAGCCGUUUUAAGGAGCUCUGGAGAGAGUUCUUCUCAUCCGUGAAAAUACUGAAGUCAAAGGAUUUCACACAAUGCUCUCUAUGCAUCGUGUAUAGAGAUGCACUACAAAGAAAGAACUUGGCAAAGGAAGAAGUCAUGGCCUUGAAAGAAGCAAAACAGGGACACUUAGCUUUGCAAAGGCUACUUCGAGAGAAGUAUUAUAAACAUGGGGACAAGGCAAAGAGGUCAUCAUCCAAGUAUGUGUCCCUCAUCAUUGACAACAUGGACCAAAACAAGACAAACCUUCCUGUAUUUCCAGAACAAUCAAAGAUUGAUGGCAGCCUUGCACAUGUCAAGCACCACGUGACAGGUGUUGUGGAUCAUGGAAACCGAGCAGCCCAUGCUGUUGUCUGGAAUACAUGUAUUCCAGGCGAUGCAAAUGUAACUUGUACAGUGCUUCUGUAUGUCCUCAGUAGAAUUGCACAGCUGAACCAUGGGCAUCUACCAGAAACGCUGUAUUUACAAGCAGACAAUUCGCCAAAAGAUAACAAGAACAAGACCGUACUGUAUUUUUUGGCAUUGUUAGUCAAAUUGAAAAUCUUCAAAAAGGUGAAACUUUCAUUUCUCAUGGUGGGCCACACACAUGAAGAUGUGGACCAGCUGUUCAGCGUGUUUGCAAGGGAGCUGAGACAGAAACCUGCUGCAACACGUGAUGCUCUCCUGCAAGUCCUUGCCAGCAGUAAUGACCCAAAGCCCACUGCU